CCAUCAAGCCCAAGUUCCUACAUUGUGAAGAGGAUAUUGCGCUUGGAUAUUCCAGUAGAUAGCUUUCCAAAUUUCAAUUUUGUGGGCCGGCUUCUGGGUCCUAGAGGCAAUUCACUAAAGAGGGUGGAAGCUUCUACAGGCUGUCGUGUAUACAUAAGAGGAAAAUGUUCAAUAAGAGAUAUUGACAAGGAGGAAUCUUUGAGAGGAAGACCAGGUUAUGAACAUCUGAAUGAUCCGCUGCACAUUAUAAUUGAGGCUGAAUUACCUGCUAAUAUUGUUGAUAUGCGGUUGAGACAGGCAAAACAAAUCAUAGAAGAACUUCUCAAACCGAUGGACGAGUCACAAGACCACUACAAGAGGGAACAGCUGAGAGAACUAGCUAUGCUAAAAUCCAAUCUAAGAGAAGAGAGUCCUCAACCAUAUGGUAGUGUAUCUCCUUUCACUUCAAGUGGGAUGAAGCGUGCCAAAACUGGUCUGUAACGUUUCAUUUGACUCGUCUUCUCAUUGGUUCUUCCUCCUGUACAACUCUUGAACUUUUUUGCCAUCGAAUGCUUCUCGGUGUAUUUCAAUCCUGUCUGCAAAGGAGGACGCGUUAUGGACCUGUUUGGUGAGAUCAAUGCAGGGUUUUCUUCCAUGACAUUAAGAUAUACGGAUGAACGGAGAUAUUCUUUUGUUAUAGUUUUUUGUGGUUGUAGUUGAUUGUGAUUGUAGAAGUAGAAAAAUUAUGGCAUAUAAGUUAUUCUUUAUUUUGCUGAACAAGUAUCUUGUUAUUAACUUGACAUUGUCUAAAACUCUGAAGUGGGAAUAUGCAUCGAUUGUUUAAUAUGUUUUA